AUGAGUAGGGGAGAAGAUGUUUAUGAAGGUAAGAGGUCAAAUCCGGUCAGAACAGCGGAAGUGCUAAAACAGUUACAGGCAGAACCCCAACACAGAAAUAUUUUGGAAUCGUUUAUAGUUAAAAACGAAGACGUCUUUGCACUGACAGAUAUAGAGUUAGGGAGGACACAAUCUGUGCAGAUGGAACUGGAUACAGGGGAGCAUAAACCCAUUUGUUUAAGACCGUAUAGAACACCGCUCAAAGAUAGAGAAAUAGUGGAAAAAGCUAUACAUGAAAUGCUGCAGGCUGGCAUUAUUGAACGAUCGUUGUCCUCAUGGUCCUCGCCAAUAGUUAUAGUAAAGAAAAAGGACGGCACACACAGAUUCUGCUGCGACUACCGAGCACUAAAUAAAAUAACUAAGAAUAUUUCGUACCCCAUGCCAGUCGUGGAUGAUAUUUUAGGGCUGCUGAACAAGUCGACAUAUUUUACGACCCUAGACGCGAGGUCGGGUUUUUGGAGCAUUCCUAUGUCCGAGGAUGCCAGCGACAAGAGCACUUUUAGCACUCAUCUGGGAAGUUUCCGCUGGCUCCGAAUGCCAUUUGGUCUACGCAAUAGCCCUCCAGUGUACAUGCGGCUCGUAGAUCAGGUACUUAACGGUCUACAAAAAUUCGCAUUAGCAUACGUCGACGACAUAUUAGUAUUUUCAUCAGGAUCCGUCGAAGACCACUUAGAACAUGUUGAACGGGUGUUUGACAGGCUUAGGGAACACGACGUCAAACUAAAGCUCAACAAAUGCAACUUUCUCAAGACCGAGACCAAGUAUCUUGGCUUCGUAAUUAAUAGACAAGGGAUACAACCCGAUCAAGAAAAAGUGAAAGCAAUACAGGAGUUACCACACCCCACAAACGUAAAGGAAGUACGAGGAUUUAUUGGAAUGUGCGGAUACUACAGACGAUUCAUACCAAAUUUCUCACAGAUAGCGGAACCGAUGAUUAACCUCACCCAAAAAUACGCUAGAUUUAGGUGGACAGAUGAAUGCCAGGCCGCCUUUGACUUUCUUAAAGAAAGCUUAAAAGUAAUACCCCUUCUAGCUCACCCAGACACAGAUAAGGAGAUGGUCUUGUAUACAGACGCCUCGGACAUUGCUAUAGGGGCCUGCCUAACAAUACCGAUGAGUGAAGGGGAGGCUGAGAUUAUACCAGGAAUAAAGAAUGAAAAACCUAUUUAUUUUCUAUCCCAUAAGCUUAGCAAAAGCCAGAGGAAAUGGCCCGUUAUUGUAAAAGAGGCGUUCGCUAUCCACUAUGCCCUGGAAAAGCUUAACUAUUACUUACACAAUGCCCGUUUUGUGAUCAAAACUGAUCACAUGCCACUUAAAGGUUUGCUAGAGUCUCCCAUACAAAACAGGAAAAUACAAACGUGGGCGCUCAAUAUACAAGCGUAUAACGCUAGGAUUGAGUACAUUCCAGGAACAACGAAUACUAUAGCUGAUUUAUUAUCAAGAGUUCCCUACAAGGACAGUCCAGAUGAGACGGAUGUUGGAGAUCCAGACAUAAACGACCACACGUGGGAAAUACAUGCUAUCAAUACAAACAGAUUAGAGGGACUAGGUAUUAGAGACGAACAGGACGAAACAGGAGAAAUCCAUGAGGAGACAGUGAGUGACCUUAUGGGUUUUGACAUGAAAAUUGAACAGGAAAAAGACGAAGAUAUAAGAAGUAUAAUUGAGGCAUUAAAAACAAACAAACCGUAUAAGAAAAAUAAAAACUGUCUGAUCCUACCAGAGGAUGGACAGUUAUAUUAUAUAACAAAUAAGGAAGAUGACCCGAUUUUAAGGAAAUAUAUCCCCAGGCAUCUAUACUUGAGAGUACUGAACCAGUAUCAUAAUGACAAUGGCCACUUGGGAAUAGAUCGCACUUACGAUGCUAUUAGAACGAAAUAUUAUUUUCCAGAUCUAUACCGCAGGGUAUACGAACAU